CGCGCGGGGAAGGACCGGAACUCCGGGCGGGCAGCUUGUUGAUAAUAUGGCGGCAGGAGCUGCUUGGGCAUCCCGAGAAGGCAGUGGGGCCCACACCCGGAAGAAGGGUCUCUUUUCUGGCUAGUGCUACAGCUUCUGCGGACCCGGAAGUCCGGGCCAGUUGCUGAAUGAGGGGAGCCGGGCCCUCCCCGGGACAGUCCCCCCGCGCCCUCCGCCCCGACCCGGGCCCCGCCAUGUCCUUCUUCCGGCGGAAAGUGAAAGGCAAAGAACAAGAGAAGACUUCUGAUGUCAAGUCCAUUAAAGCUUCAGUAUCUGUACAUUCCCCACAAAAAAGCACUAAAAAUCAUGCCUUGCUGGAAGCUGCAGGACCAAGUCAUGUUGCAAUCAAUGCCAUUUCUGCCAACAUGGACUCCUUUUCAAGUAGCAGGACAGCAACACUUAAGAAGCAGCCAAGCCACAUGGAGGCUGCUCAUUUUGGGGACCUGGGCAGAUCUUGUCUGGACUACCAGACUCAGGAGACCAAAUCAAGUCUUUCCAAAACCCUUGAACAAGUCUUGCACGACACUGUUGUCCUCCCAUAUUUCAUUCAAUUCAUGGAACUUCGGAGAAUGGAGCAUUUGGUUAAAUUUUGGUUAGAAGCUGAAAGUUUUCAUUCUACAACUUGGUCCCGAAUAAGAGCACACAGUCUGAACACAGUGAAGCAGAGCUCUCUGGCUGAGCCUGUAUCUCCAUCAAAAAAGCAUGAAACUACAGCAUCUUUUGUAACUGAGUCCCGUGACAAGAGAUUGGAGGGUUCUAGCUCAGCCCAAUUGCUUAUGACUCAAUCAGAAGGAAUUAGCCUGAAUAAUAGAACUAACAACACUCAGAAUCACUUGCUGCUUUCCCAGGAAUGUGACAGUGCCCCUUCUCUUCACCUUGAAAUGGCCAGAGCAGGAGCUAGUCAAGUUUCCAUGGAAACUCAAGAAUCCUCCUCCAGACUUAUAAUAGCCAGUAGAAAUAGUCCCUCUUCUCCACUAAAAGAAUUGUCAGGAAAACUAAUGAAAAGUAUAGAGCAAGAUGCAGUAAAUACUUUUACCAAAUAUAUAUCUCCUGAUGCUGCUAAACCAAUACCAAUUACAGAAGCAAUGAGAAAUGACAUCAUAGCAAAGAUUUGUGGAGAAGAUGGACAGGUGGAUCCCAACUGUUUUGUUUUGGCACAGGCCAUAGUCUUUAGUGCAAUGGAGCAAGAGCACUUUAGUGAGUUUCUGCGAAGUCACCAUUUCUGUAAAUACCAGAUUGAAGUGCUGACCAGUGGAACUGUUUACCUGGCUGACAUUCUCUUCUGUGAGUCAGCUCUCUUUUAUUUCUCUGAGUACAUGGAAAAAGAAGAUGCAGUAAAUAUAUUACAAUUCUGGUUAGCAGCAGAUAACUUCCAAUCUCAGCUUGCUGCCAAAAAGGGCCAGUAUGAUGGACAAGAGGCCCAGAACGAUGCUAUGAUUUUAUAUGACAAAUACUUCUCCCUCCAAGCCACACAUCCUCUUGGAUUUGAUGAUGUUGUGCGAUUAGAAAUUGAAUCCAAUAUUUGCAGGGAAGGUGGACCACUCCCUAACUGUUUCACAACUCCACUACGACAGGCCUGGACAACCAUGGAGAAGGUCUUUUUGCCAGGCUUUUUGUCCAGCAAUCUUUAUUAUAAGUAUUUGAAUGAUCUCAUUCAUUCAGUUCGAGGAGAUGAGUUUCUGGGAGGCAAUGUUUCACUGACUGCUCAUGGUUCUGUUGGCCUUCCGGAUGAGUCUCUUCCAGGUGGCACAGACAGUGCCACUUCACAGUCCAAUGUGAAAAAAGCCAGUAUUAAAAUUCUGAAAAAUUUUGAUGAAGCGAUAAUUGUGGAUGCUGCGAGUCUGGAUCCAGAAUCUUUAUAUCAACGGACAUAUGCAGGGAAGAUGACAUUUGGAAGAGUCAGUGACUUGGGUCAGUUUAUCCGAGAAUCUGAGCCUGAACCCGAUGUAAAGAAAUCAAAAGGAUCCAUGUUCUCACAAGCUAUGAAGAAGUGGGUACAAGGAAAUACUGAUGAGGCCCAAGAAGAGCUAGCUUGGAAGAUCGCUAAAAUGAUAGUCAGUGAUGUUAUGCAGCAGGCUCAGUAUGAUCAACCUAUGGGGACAUCUACAAAGCUAUGACUCAAGAACUGAGAUAAAGGAAAUCUGCUUUUGAAGUAUAAGAGAACUUUUUUUCCUUUGGUUGGAUUCUUCAACACAGCCAAUGAAAACAGCACUGUAUUUCUUUUCACUGAUAUAACACUGUUAUUUCCAGGAAUGAAUGGGAGACAAUCCUAGACUUCCACCAUAUUGCAUAGUAACAUGUAGACAUAAAUGAUGCACAUGAUGUUCAUACAGUGAGUCACAAAGCUACAAAGUGGUAUUGUUUACAUUACUAGAAAAUUAUUAGUUUUCCAAUGGCAAUAACCCAUGUAUGAGAGAGUUAGCCCACUGAAAUAGACAGGGACCACAUCCUGUGAGAGGCAGAUAAGCAUAGAGCUGAUAUUUGGUGCACAUUCUUAGAGCAGGAGUCCAUCUCAAGCAGAAUUAUAAAACGUGGCAGAGGUGCUUUGCUUUGUCCUCCUAAAAUUAACAGGUGAGUCAUCCCCACUCAGAGUCAGGCAGCUCUCAGUGGCAAUGUGUGGAACUGGGUGAGAGUUCCUUGUGUAGUCUUCACAGAAGCAUUAAUUUAGAAAGAAACAGACAAAUCGCAGGUCAUGUUUCAGUGACAUUGUCCUUUCCUUUGGUGGCAGCAUAUCCUUAAAACCAGUCUCUCCCUGUUAACAAAAGGGCAAAUUUAGUUUACUUUGAGCAUUAGGUCUUGCUCCUCUGGAGCAAGCAGCAACAUUUACUACGCUCCAGUUACUUAACUUCCCUUUCAGAAUGCAUGUGGGAGGAAAGACAUAAGGAUCACUCCAGUUUUUUCCCUGUGGUACCUCGAACAAAAUGUUUAUUCACAGAUUAUAAUUUUGUUUUUUAAAGUGGGGAGAAAAGUACUCAACUUGCUUGAUUGCCUCCCCCAUUUUUUGCUGUGAGUGGGAAGUGUGCAGUGGUGGCCUUUUUUCUUUUUGUCUUCAGUACAGAAAGACUCACUCAUUGCCCUUCUGCUCAGGCGACUUUGCAUUGGGACUGCACAGCCAUCAGCAAGGUGGCCCAGUUGACAUGCACACUCCGCCAGCCACACCAUGCCAGUGCUUCCUCUCUGUGUGUAAAUGAAGGGAUAGAAUGUUCUCUUAGGUGUUACUGCUUUUGCUCAGACUUUGCAAAAAAGAAGAAGAGAAAAAAAAAGGAGAUAUAUAUAUGCAUAAAUAUAUAAUUAUUAAUCACCUCUCUCCUUGAGAAAGUCUUGAUUGAAUAGAGAAUUUAUUCAUUGCAAUAUUGAUUGUAUAGAGGCACACUGUUUCAUCAACAGAAGAAGCAAAAAGGCUGUGUAUAAGUUUUUUGGUACUAUGUACCACCUCUGUUCUUAUAAAGCUGAAGUAUUCAUGUACUUAAACCAUAUUCUAUUUAAUUGUGUUUGAUUUUAAAUAUAUAUAUAUAUAUGAAUUAUAUUUAAAAUGGUGUCAGCUUUCUGCUUUCAGGGCAUUUAUGGCUCUUCUGUUGAAAUUUAUUGAUCCCGCCUAAUAUUUCCAUUUGCUUUACAAAAACCCAGAAUACAAGCCACUACUGGAUUUAGCCUUGUGUUUGGAGUGUAGGCAUAGACUUGAAGUCUUUAUUAGGUGUAUAUGCUGUGAUUAAUUUAUUUUGUUCUUUUAGCAAAAUAUUUCCAUCCAUUUCACAUUGCUUCAAACUUUAAAUAGGAGAAAAGCAAUAUAAAGGUCUUAGAAUUAAAUGUGGUUUUGGGUGACUGUUGCUGCCUCUGCAUGUUUUCGACUAACAAUUUCUGUAAAACUCUAGGCUAUUCAAACUUAGUGCUUUCAAUUAAGAUAAUUUCUAGUCAUUUCUUUGUAUACAUUUUGUGCUUCUGAGUUAGAGAUGCCAGUAGUCAUAAACUUCUUAUAAAGACAAGAUUAGCAAGUUUGAGAUUUGGUUACCCUUUUCUGCCUCACCUGCUAUGAAACACAGAAGCAGCUUUGGUCUGAAAUUAUUAGCCAGAUUUCAUAUUUGAUCUAAAGUAAGUCCUUGUGCUCCUUUUAAAAUUGGAAUGGAAUUCAUCUGUUAUUGAGCAAUUGCUGUGUUCCAGGUUCUAUGCAUUGUGCCCAUAAAAUAUAAUUCCCUGGCAGGGUUUUUAUAGGUGCAAGUAAUCAGUUGUUCACUCUUUAUCAUGUCAUUGACAUCAACUCAUUGUUUAAAAAGUAAAAAUAAUAGUGAGAAAGUGAAACUUUUUGUAAUUUGGUGUCUUUAUCACACCUUUAUAAAUUUGAUGAGAGUGAAAAGCAUUGUCAGCCAAAUCCAGUGAAGAGCAAUAAAACAGGGAGCAAUUUAUUGUAACUUUUUCUACUUGGGGUCCAAUAUUCACUACAGCUUUAUGAAAUGUAAGUGGUUUACAAUACUGGAACUUUGACUAGUUCAGUAGAAAUUUGGAGGGGAAGGUCAUUCUGAAUUGUAGGAAAUCUAAACUUCAUUGCUGUUUUAUUUAGCUAAGCCACUGAUCUGUCUAUUGACACUGUUUGGGAUCCUUCCUGACUCAAAAGUUUAACACUCCUAUGUUUGUACAGUGAUCUUUCUUUUGCCCUUUCAUCCCUAUCCCCCACAUUCCGAUUGAUUGGACCAGGGCUCAACUCCUGACCAGAUAGGCCCAAGACAAUUCUUUAUUUGAAGAAUUUUGCAUGAGGAAGAAAUGGUGGUUUGGAUGUGGCACUUAGAAAAGAGUUGGCAGUGCAUGGGCAAGCCUAAGAGAGCAGCUGCCUUGGUAACCCUCAAGACUGUCCUGAUUUCUGCAUCCAGUCCUGCAUCCUUGUGUUGGACUCCACUCAUCCCUCAGCAAUGCAUAGAGUGAAUCAACCCAAAGUUAGUAUUACAUAGCAACCAGAAGAACCUUGACUAAAUCCUGCCAGACUGCUCUAAUUCCUAAUGAUCAUGUGUGUUCUGCAUGUCUUCAAGGUAUUGCAUUCUGGGAAAGACUUUUUCUUUAGUAAACCUUCCUUGGUCAUGGUAUAUUAUCUCAAAAUGGAAUCCUAACCCAAUGGAACUAAGAGACACUCACUCAUUUUUGUAAUAAGAAGUUAGGCCUCAGUAAAGUCCCUUACUGCUGGGUGCAAUGACACACACUUGUAAUCCAGGGGCUUGGGAGGCUGAGGCAGGAGGAUCACGAGUUUAAAGCUACCUUCAGCAAGAGCAAGGCACUAAGCAUCAGUGAAGGUCCUGUCUCUAAAUAAAAUACAAAACAGGGCUGAGGAUAUGGCUCAGUGGUCAAGUGCUCCUGAGUUCAAUCCCUGGUUGUCUGUGUCCCCCAGUCUCCCCACCCCCACCAAAAGAAAAAGAAAAGUUCCUUACCUAUUGCAGGAUGGUCACCAUGAGAACUUAGUCGUCUUCCUAGGCCAGGGCCUCUUCAUGUUUCUCUGUAUUCUGCACUCAUCAAUGUAAUAAACCCAGAAAUAGAAGGCAUUUCAGUUCACAUAAGCUUAAAAUGAGAGGAGGGGGCUAAUUGUUAUAAAAAUCUAUAAAUGCUAACCACUUCUAUGACCAGGCCAGAUUCUAGCUUUUGGAUAGAGUCAAGGGAGUAAAAACCUUCAAGGUUACAACCUGUGGGGUUCACACUCUGAUGCCCUUUCCAGGAAGGCACUGAGGAAGGCUUACUGCUAAGGCAGGAUUAGAAAUGGCUCCAAGUAGCAGGAGAAUGGUACUGUGGAUUCUGAACUAGUGGGAGUGGUCAUAAAAGACACUGGGGGGGACUUGUGUGAGCAAAAACCCAAGGACAUUUAUCUUCAGUUGGGGUUUUGCCUUCCCUUUUCUGCUUGCCUAACACACAGGAAAGUGAGUAUUCUUGCUUUAGUGAGUAUCACUAAAGUAUUUCCUCAGUUUGUGUCUUUCAAACUCUGUGCUGGCACAUUCAGGAUGCCACAAAACUUCCCUGGAACUUCCCUUGCCUAAGACUGGUAGUGCAUCUGUUACCAGAUGGCACCACGGAAAGGCAUCUGGAUGAGUGGGCCUUUAGAUGUUCCAUGAGUAGAUCUUGUAAGCAUGGGCUGGGUCAGGGAUUCUCUGGGCCCAGUCUCUCUAUGGCAGGUAUGCAAGCAGCCUAAAAAGAAUGGGCUUCAGCUUGAAGAAAGUUGAGAUUUGCCAAAGAGCAAAUGAGAGAUGACGAUUGUGACAACUGCCCUUUUCCCUCAUCUUCUAAUUUCCAAGUCCCAUUGUCUUGAAUGUGCCUUCAGGCACAUCCCUAAAUGAUCUCAAGCUGGCCUCUUCUACAUCAUGGUAAGAAUCCCAUAAUGCCAUACAACAUGUGAGAGUGGUGCUGGCUUAAAGAAGCACCUGGUCAGGGCUUGGCCUUUCAGGUUAAGUGUAGCUCUAGGUGGAGGGCCCCAGCCUCAGGAGCUCAUCAAAGCCCCACAGUCCCUUUCAGAUUUUAGUUUUCUUCAUUUUCGUGAAGAGCAACCACCAUUCCUUCUGAUUAUUCAAGUAUUGGUUUCAUAAAUGUCCACCCUAUAAGUAUCAGGCCUGUUUAUCCUGAAGGGACACAGAAAGGAAUAAAACAAACUUUUAGACCCUUUGGAACUUAUAUUCUACUGAAGAGAUGGAAAUUGGAAUUAGCAUCUAAAAUGUACUGUGGGCAAGAGAUGUGCCUCCGUGGUAGAACAUGUGUACCAUGCACAACGUCCUGGGCUCCAGCCCCAGCCCUCUCCCCUGCCCCAAUAGGUUAAUAAGAUAUGUGCUGGGUUUUUUGACUCAAGAUGGCCUUUUGAGCCUAUGAUUUAACUCCUCUACCCACCCCUAAAGUCCUACUGUAAGUCAUCAAGCUCCUGCGAAGCUCAUAGGGAGAACUGUAGCUUAAAGGAGGAGAGACAUGGGGCCUGAGAAGGCAUGCCCUUCCAUGAGAAUGGGUUGCUGUGUCAUUCCAUUUACUUGCUGCAAGAUUAGAACUUUUGGUACUUAUUUAGGCUUUGAGUAAGGUGUGGACAUCUUGAUGUCUGACCAUGAAGACCAGACUGUCUCUAAAAAGGGCAAGGAUUAGAAGAGCUCAUAGGAUCAGUCUCAGCUCAGUUAGGACAUGUCGAUUCUUAGAAACCAGAGACAAGACUAAUGUGUGCAUAUAAUAUAAAAUCAUGACCUUGGGAAAACCUGCCUAGCUACUGAACUAAGUCCAUGAAAUGAUGAGCUCCUUGAAAGUUCUACUUUAAUGAUAAUAAUAAACAGCAUAAUUGAGUACUUGCCAUAGGCCAAGAACUAUCUCAUCUGACUCUUAUGACAAUCUUGAAAGGUAAGUGCUUAUUUUUUCCUUUCUUAUAAAUGAGGAGACUGAAGGUUUUAAGGUAAAGGAAUUUUCCAGAAUCUCACACCCAAGCUGUGAGACUGCCUCUUAACACUGCUAUGCCUGGCAAAAAAUAGAUGUUUGCUCUUCCUUCUUUUGUUUUCCCCAUUAGCAAUACUCACCAUGGAGUAGCAGAUGUCAAAGACUUAAGAAAAAUUUAUUUACCUUAAAGCAGUAGUUCUUAAACUUUCACAUGUCUGGAUCCCUUGAAAAGAUGUUUUGAAACAGGUUUCUGGGCCUAACAACCAAUUUCUGAUUUAGUAGAUCUGGGGUGGAGCCUAAGAAUUUGCAUUUUACCAGUUUCCUAGAUGAUGAUACUGUUGCUUUGCUGCAAAUUGAGAAAUGAGUGUUUUCAUUCCUGUUUAUUUGAAAUGCCAUGCUAUAUAAAAUGUAAUUUGAAGACCUAUUAUUCAUGACUCACUCAAAGAGGCAAAAGUCCUUUAUUAGCAUACAGAUGUUUAUCAGAGCUGAACACUACCACCAUCUAAGCACCAGCCCCCUUUCUCAGUCCCUAGGAACCUGAACAUGUCUGAGACCCUGAAAUCUUGUCUCAUGCAAGAGUAAGGGUUAGAAGAGGCCACAGACCAGUUCCACCCCCAUAGUCAUCAGUAGUUUUCAGUUCUCCAGCUUCAGUGCCUUUGCUGGGAACCCUGACAUAUUCCUUCAGGCUGUGGUUUGGGCCUAUCUGGAUGCUACUCGAGGUCCCCAUGGAAACUUUUGAACAAAUCCUGUCUGAUCCAUUUCCUAUAGUUUGUCUUGUAGGUUUUUGAUGCCAGCUGCCCUCUGAGGUCCUGACCAUACCUUUCCUGGCCCAUCUCCUUUGCUGUCCACCUUCCUAAGUUCCAUAGGAUACAGGUACCUCAUUCUUUGAUCUUCUCUUUCCUCUCCAUUUCUUCCUCCAACACGUAUUUCCUGAGGGCCUGUUAUAUGCCUGUUCUAGUUGCCAUAGAUACAGUGCUAUCCAGGGCAGACCCGGCAUCUGUCCUGCAGUCUAGAAAAUGAAUAGAGACAAUUCAGUCUGAUGAGUGCUGUGAGAGACAGUAGGGACCUGUUGGGGGCAAUUUUGGUGUGAUACCUUCUCCUUUUGUGAUUCACAAACUUCUUGACCGUCUCAAUCUUUCUCUAGGACCUACCCAUUCUGCACAUCUCUUUCCUCAAGAUAACUAUUUCUUGGCUUGGGGAUGUAGCUCAGCUUGUGUGUGAGGCCCUGAGUUCCAUCCUACGCACUGCAGAAAAAGAAGAGAAAUCAUUUCUUAAUAGUCAUGGUGUGCUGGUCACUCCCAACCCCGUGACUGGACCAGGAUUCCUUACCAGCAUCCUCCAUAAGCUCCUUGACAAAUCCUUGCUCCAUAUCCUCAUUUAAACCCUUGCCACCUGGGAAGACUGUCCUCUGAUCUCCACUGUUUGCUUGGCUCCAGUCCACUCCUGACUCCAUUCUCCAAGAUACCACUUCUAGCUUUCUUCACUCCUACCCCAGGCCAUCCCAGGAAACAUCACUGCUCAUGAUGUUGAUCUGCCCAACAACCUUUUGCUAUUUCAUUCCUCAGUCACCCAUAUAACCAUCCUUGUCAUUUCCUGCAACUGUUCUACGCCUGGCUGCUCCUCACAUUUUAGCCCAUACCAGCCUCAAGCAAGGCAAGUUUGUAUAGUUGUAGUUUCCUCCUAUUGGAAUGGAUUAAAUAGAAGGAAAAACUUGACUAUUCCAGGAAAGUGUUCCCUCACUAUUACAGGAGUUAGAUUUUUCAAACCAGCCUUUCAAAGAGCUAUUUCAAAAGCAAUAAGCAAGUGGUUCUAAGGUUUACAAACAUAGACCUACAUGAUAAUUGGGUGUGAGGAAGAAUGGUCCUAAGGUGAUGACUUGGAUCAGACUUUCCAGUGAGUGUCAAAGGCAUGUUUUAAAAAGUGCUGCUACUCAAACAACUUAAGACACAAGGGAUGGAGGUGUGCUUCAAAAAACUCUGGCUAUAGAUCUAAAGACUGAAACACAAGAUGCUUGUAGAGAAUUUGAAUAAAAAUUGUUACUUGAAACAUGAGAAUGGGAAAAAAGCAAUAUUUUGUAUUACUGUAUUAUUGUAUAUACUGUUAUUUUAAAUAAGCAUGUAUAAGUAAAUAAAUUAGCUAUUAUAAAUAGA